AUGUUCAAGAAAGCACUCCAAGACCACCCAGGCAGUGGCACAAGACCUCUCCAUCAAACCGACUUAUUGCGUGCUAAUGUAACGGCCCAUUCGAAGCCACAACCUCAGCAACAAUCCGGUGGUGUCAAACGAAAAAUCGAAGUGGGCGAGUCCUCGCUGGGGUCUCUUCAUAACGCGGUUUAUUUCGAUGAAAAUGACUUCGAUGAUGAUUUGGACCUCGAUGAGCCACAGCCACUGAUUGCACCGAGCGUGGCUGGCUCCACCAUCUCUAAGACGGUCACAUAUCCAAGCCUUGACACUUUAUCAAGAAUUGGCCAGUCGGUUUACGGCAACGAAAAUCCAACGGAAGUCAAUUACCCCGAUCUUCCACCUAUAUCUCAAGAAGCAGCGGCUCCUCCCAGCAGCAUGGUGUUACCAUGGUCGUCAUCGCCCCCCCUCCCAUUUCCAGCCGCCCGCGAAGAAACCUCACCGACAGAACCAUGGAACAAGUCCGAGAGCACCAUCAAAGCGGAGCAGAAAGAGUUGCGACAAGAAUACAAGAAGACCCAAAAAGUCGAUGCGAAGUCGAAAGCACAGGAUUCGAAAAUCGCCACUGUGUUUUUGAGCGACGAGCAAAGAGCUGUUCUUGAAGCUGUUGUCGACCGUGGAAAGAGCAUGUUCUUCACCGGUUCUGCAGGAACGGGAAAAUCGGUACUCAUGAGGGAAAUUAUUGCGAAGCUGCGCAACACAUAUCGCAAAGAGCCCGACCGAAUUGCAGUUACAGCAUCAACAGGUCUUGCGGCCUGCAACAUCGGGGGUGUAACUCUCCACAGUUUUGCUGGGAUUGGUCUAGGGAAAGAGCCAGUGCCUGAACUAGUGAAAAAGAUUAAGAAAAACCAGAAAGCUCGGAAUCGCUGGCUGCGUACCAAGGUCCUUGUCGUUGAUGAAGUCUCCAUGGUAGAUGGGGAUCUAUUUGAUAAACUCGAAGAGAUUGCCCGACGAAUCCGCAACAAUGGUCGUCCCUUUGGAGGAAUCCAGCUUGUUGUAACAGGCGACUUUUUCCAAUUACCUCCUGUCCCAGAUGGAGGCAACCGGGAGGCAAAAUUUGCGUUUGCAGCUGCUUCCUGGACAACUUGUAUUCAACAUACCGUCCUUUUAACUAACAUCUUCCGUCAACGCGAUCCGGAGUUUGCUGAUAUGCUGAAUGAAAUGCGAUUGGGGAAAAUUACCCCUCGUACGAUUGAGGCCUUCAGACGGCUCUCUCGGCCCCUUGAUGUUAAAGAUCAGAUUGAAGCAACGGAACUGUUUCCAACGCGUGCUGAAGUGGAUGGUGCCAACUCUGCACGGAUGGGGAGACUUUCUGGCGAGAUAAUGAAGUUCAACGCAGUGGAUUCUGGGACAAUCCAGGACCCUCAACAUCGCGACAGACUAUUGGCAAACUGCAUGGCUCCUCCUGUGAUUCAGUUAAAGAAGGGCGCUCAAGUGAUGCUCAUUAAGAAUAUGGAGAAUUCGCUUGUCAAUGGCUCAAUUGGAAAAGUAGUAGCCUUCAUGAGUGAAGAUUACUUUGAUUCCUACAAGGAGAACGACACAAAUUUUACUAAUGACGCGACUGCAAGCGAUGAUGAGCAGGCGCAUCGAGCUAGGAAAAAGCUCAAACCUAUGGGGUACAAGGAGGCCCCUGCCUCAAUGGCUCGGAAAUGGCCGCUAGUAUCUUUUCUUCAGCCUGAUGGGUCUGAACGUCACUUAUUGUGUCAACCGGAGACGUGGAAAAUUGAGCUUCCCAACGGAGAAGUGCAAGCCCAGCGUCAACAAGUUCCGUUGAUACUGGCGUGGGCUCUGUCCAUACACAAGGCCCAGGGCCAGACUCUUCAACGUGUGAAAGUUGAUCUGGGCCGAGUGUUCGAAAAAGGCCAGGCUUAUGUUGCAUUGAGCCGAGCGGUGUCACAAGAGGGACUGCAGGUUACUCGAUUUGAGCCUCGCAAGGUGAUGGUGCAUCCGAAAGUGGUGGAAUUUUACUGCAAUCUCAUCACGAUCACAGAGGUCAACAAGCCCAAGUUGUCAAGCGCUCUGAACCCAGAUGAUUUUGAUGAUGAAGACUUUUGA